AUGGCCAUCACCGAGCUGCCUGAGCGAAAGAAUGAAGUCGUCAAGUCAAGUGAUGCAUUUGUUGCUCCUGACAUCAAUUCAUUUAGCAAAUCAUUCAGGGAUUAUAAUGCAGAAAGUGAGAGGCAGAAAAGUGUGGAGGAAUUCUAUCGUUUGAACCACAUUAACCAAACGUACGAUUAUGUAAAGAAGAUGAGAGACGAGUACAAAAAAUUGGAUAGAGUGCAAAUGAGCAUUUGGGAAUGUUGUGGGCUUCUGAAUGAGGUUGUGGAUGAGAGUGACCCCGAUUUGGAUGAACCCCAAAUUCAGCAUUUGCUGCAAACAGCUGAGGCAAUUCGAAAAGACUAUCCGAAUGAAGAUUGGUUGCACCUUACUGCUCUCAUUCAUGAUCUUGGGAAAGUGCUUCUUCUUCCUAAGUUUGGAGAACUACCUCAAUGGGCUGUUGUUGGAGACACACAUCCUCUGGGGUGCGCUUUCGAUGAAUCCAUCGUUCACCACAAGUACUUCAAGGACAAUCCGGAUUCGAAAAACCCUGCGUACAACACCAAGAACGGGAUUUACACUGAAGGAUGUGGACUAGAGAAUGUGAUGAUCUCAUGGGGUCAUGAUGACUACAUGUACAUGGUUGCCAAGGAAAACGGGACAACUUUGCCGGAGGCCGGAUUGUUUGUUAUCCGGUAUCACUCAUUUUAUCCUCUACACAAGGAAGGGGCAUAUAAACACCUGAUGAACAAGCAAGAUGAAGAGAAUAUGAAGUGGCUUCAUAUAUUUAACAAAUAUGACCUGUACAGCAAGAGCAAAGUUCAAGUCGAUGUCGACAAGGUUAAGCCUUACUAUUUGUCCCUUAUCAACAAGUACUUCCCAGCAAAGCUAAAAUGGUGA